UGGUAUUAUUAUUGUAUAGGAAAACACUUCUUCAGUUUCUAUGAGAGCUGGUUCUUCUUAUGGGUUAACUUCAUGGGGGAACAAAACGGGCCUAAUACUCCUGCCCAUAUAUUGCUGUAAUGGACUCCAUCCUCUGGGUCAUGUGAGUGCAAUGAAGGACAUAAUGGACAAAAAGAAGCAUUCAUAUGAAGCUAACAUUGCUCACACAGCUCUUAAAAUGUUGACUGCCUAUUUAGGCCCAAAGGUGGGCAGUUGGUGUUGUCAUAGAGUAUUAUGUAACACAAGCUUACUGAUUUCGAACAUUACUGGUCCUUCUGAAGAGAUUAAGAUUGCUGAUAACCCUGUAUUAUACAUUAAAGUGAAUAUUUCGAGUCAGCCGCAUGCAAUGACAAUGCAUAUGGUGAGUUAUGCUGGAAAGGCUGAUCUACAAGUAAUGGUGGCUAAAGAUAUCAUCCCUGACCCAGAAUUUUUAGUCAAGUGCUUCCAGGAUUCGUUAGCUGAAAUGAAAGUUUCCAUCAAAAUGAACGAACUUUAGAUAGGGCCUAGGGGAUUCUAUCAAUAUGAUGAAAACAAUCGAUUCCCCUCAAAAAUAUAAAAUGAAAACAAUGGAUUUUAAUAUUCCUAGUACUAUAGCUAUUGUUGCAAAAAAAGAACAUCUUACAAAUUACAAUUUUUUUGGUUGCUUGAGAUUCCAGACAAACUCAUUUUGGUUGUCUUUAAUAGAGGUGAUUUUUUUUUCUAGAUUGCUAAAUGACGACCUAAAAUUUAUUAAUAAUGCCCUAAAUACGUAUUUUUAUACUUUAUUGGUAUAUUCUUCUCCUACCCUUUUCCUCCUCCUUCUUUCCCUUCCCCUUCUUUCACCACCGCUGUGAAUUGCACGAUUGGAGCCACCACCAAUUUUCUGGUGACCUUGACUAUGGACUUCCCACCACAGCUUGACCGAC